CAACAUUUGUGUCACCUUUUACAAUAGUUGUUCAGCAGAAUAGUAAUCAUUCUUUACAACUGCUUCGUUAGUGCAGAGCAACAGUCAGUGAUUCUCCGUUUCAACUAUUCAGAAUCAAACUUUUCUCUGUUAUAAGGUGGUGGUAUGCACACGAACAUCUUGACUUCAAGGCGUGUCACUCAAACCACAGACCCUGGCUGCAUUUGAUCGGCCAUCAAACAGGUGCCAGGUACAACUGCAUGUCAUGCUGAGAAAGAAAACAGCACUAUGAACCGUUACGCUGCCCUCCAGCAGCUUGGCGACGGCACCUUUGGCUCAGUCACACUGAGCCGCUGCCUGAAGUCUGGUGAGCUUUUUGCCAUCAAGAAAAUGAAAAGGAAAUUCUAUUCCUGGGAGGAGUGCAUGAAUCUCAGCGAGGUCAAGUCCCUGAAGAAACUCAACCAUGCCAACGUGAUCAAGCUGAAGGAGGUCAUCUGGAAAAAUGAUCAGCUCUACUUUGUGUUUGAGUAUAUGAAGGAGAACCUCUAUCAGCUGAUGAAGGAAAGAACUUGCAUGUUUCCUGAGUCUACAGUGAGGGAUAUCAUGUUUCAGAUUCUACAGGGACUUGCCUUCAUUCAUAAACAUGGCUUUUUUCAUAGAGACAUGAAGCCAGAGAAUGUUUUGUGCAUGGGUCCUGAGCUCGUGAAAAUUGCUGACUUUGGGCUAGCUCAAGAGAUACGAUCUCGUCCUCCUUACACUGACUAUGUGGGGACAAGAUGGUACCGAGCUCCAGAACUGCUUCUCAGGUCCACAAGCUACAGCUCUCCUAUAGACCAGUGGGCCGUAGGCUGUAUCAUGGCUGAACUCUACACGCUCAGACCUCUGUUUCCUGGCUCCAGUGAGGUGGACACUAUGUUCAAGAUCUGCCAGGUUUUGGGAACUCCGAAAAAGAACGACUGGCCUGAAGGAUGCCAGCUGGCUGCCUCCAUGAGUUUCCGCUGGCCGCAGUGCGUGCCCACCAGUCUAGCCACCCUGAUCCCCAGCGCCGGCUCCGAAGCCAUUCAGCUGAUGAGAGACCUGUUACAGUGGGACCCUAAAAGACGGCCAGCAGCCUGCCAGGCCCUGCGCUAUCCCUACUUUCAGGUGGGUCAAGUCCUAGGCACACCACAGCAGAUCCGGGACCAAGGACAAACACAGCCUUUGCAACUCAGGCCUGAACCUCUUCCUCAGAUCCCACCGCUCACCUUACCUCAUGCAGCCCAUCAACCACAGCACCUUCCAGAGCCUCCUAAAAGGCCAGAAAAGGCAGAGGUCAAGAUGGACAGGGCAGUGCAGAGACGCUUUCCUCUAAUACAUGACAAAGGCUUGCAGAGCAAGGUGACUUCGGAUUUUAGUUUUUGGAGACUUUCUGACCCCAAGACGCAACUAACUUCUGCAAUUCUCCAGCUGUGUUCCUUGGAGAUUUUUUGGCGACUCGAACCUCCUCUUCACAGUGCAUUGAGACGAUAUAGACACGCGUCCAAUUCCAGGUUGAUUCAUAACAUUUCCAGUUGAGUAGAACUUCUUAAUUAUUGCCCUGAUGGUGGAAGUGGGCAUUUUCAAUGCUUGUUAUUUUUUUAUAGCCACUUCCCAUUUUGUGAAGCUCAACAACGUUUUGCCGCACAUCACAACUAUAUUCCUUGGUCUUACCCAUUGUUAUGAAUGACUAAAUGAAUCUAAAUGAAUGUGUUACCUCAUAUUUAUACCCCUGUGAAACAGAAAGUCAUGAUUGAACAAUUACCUGUUCCUAGUCACCCAGGUGUACUAAAAGAAUUUUAAACAUCAAAGGGAAUAUUUCAAAUAUAUUUUUUCUCAUAUGAAUGCAUAGAGGUGCCAAUAAUUGUUGCACACCUAUAUUCAACAAAGAUAUUUUUGUUAGUUUUUUAGUUAGAUCCUUGUGUUUUUUUGUGUUUUUUUUUUUGCAAUUGUUUGAUAUGCAUGAAAGCAGAGUAUUUUUGUGAAUUUUUUUUUAAGCAAAAGGUUAAACAAUAAAGACAAUUUUUCACAGCCUUCUUUGUUCAUAUUUACCAACGGUGCCAAUAUUAGUGGAGGGCACUGUACUUACUUGUUUCAUUUAUUCUGUAUUAAUGUCCUUUAAUUAGCUAAAAGAAACUUGACAUGUUAUUACAUUAUGUUAGCUGACAUUAUCUAGCCUGGUCAAUUAGGUUUCUGGGCAGCCAAAACAUGGGACUGGUUAGCACACUGAGACUUUUAUUCGAAUGCUGGGCAACUAAUGAAUUUAUCUUUUGUCUGCCCCUGGAGCAGAUAAAUUGGCUUUGGUGACAAGUAACAUGCUAAUCUAUGUGGAAUAUAGAAGUUUCAUUUUUGGAGACUUUUUCCAAAUUGUCAGUUUUCACACCUAUGUGUCUUGAAUAUUGGUUUUAGCCAAGACCUAUUAUUUUGAUGUGUAUUGUGUGUUUUAAAUUUAAGAUACUGAUGAAGCCCUUCAGAUGAAUCGCAAAAUGUCAUCAAUGUUAAAUAGGACAAACAAACUUAAUAGUGGUAAAGUACUAUACAUGUCACAACACACAUUGUUGUGUGAUUGCUUUUAUAUGAUAUACCAUACUUUGUGUGUGUGUGUGUGUGUG